GACUUUUGACAAUUCUAGAUCCCUUUUAUCCAAAAAAAAAAAAUAACAAGUAAAACGUAAAAGGGUAAAAAAAAUGCCCUACUACUACUGGAAAUAGCGAUUUCAAUUGCUGACCCUGGCAGUCAAAAGGAGAUGAAUAGAGACAGAAAAAGCAAAUCGGUAAUAAUUUUCAUCGGUAACGUUUGUCGAGUAGAUGCUUCGGUGGGUUGUUAAAGAUUGCAAAUUUAUUCCAAGUACAUUUGCAUUCUGGGGAAGAGGGAGAGAAGAUGGGUUUGUUGACAAACAGAGUGGACAGAAGUGAGAUCAAACCAGGAGACCAUAUCUAUACUUACAGAGCUGUUUUUGCUUACUCCCACCAUGGUAUUUUCGUUGGCGGAAGCAAAGUGGUUCAUUUUACACGGGUUGAGGGCUCUUCUGAUGCUGCUAAUGAAAUAUCAGGCAUUUCUUCAUCCUGUCCAAUCUUUCCAGACUGUGGAUUUAGGCUUCCUAACAGCGGUGUUGUACUUUCUUGUCUGAAUUGCUUUCUCCGCAAUGGUUCACUCUACAGUUUUGAAUAUGGAGUAAGCCCCUCUGUUUUCUUAUCCAAAGUGCGAGGUGGAACUUGCACUACUGCUGUGUCAGACCCUCCAGAGAUGGUUAUCCAUCGAGCAAUGCAUCUUCUCCAGAAUGGAUUUGGCAACUAUGAUGUGUUCCAAAACAACUGUGAGGACUUUGCGUUGUAUUGCAAAACAGGUCUUCUGACACUAGAUAGAUUGGGAGUUGGAAGAAGUGGACAAGCUUCUUCUGUUGUUGGUGCUCCUUUAGCUGCGCUUCUUUCUUCCCCCCUGAAGUUUCUAAUUCCUAGUCCCGUUGGCAUGGCCACUGUUACUGCAGGAAUGUACUGCAUGAGCAGAUAUGCUACUGAUAUUGGUGUUCGAAGUGAUGUCAUAAAAGUUGCAGUCGAAGACUUAGCUGUAAACCUUGGCUGGGGUCGCAGCAAUGAAGGAGCUAUUGUGGAACAUGAUGAUUCUAUUCACUUACUUGACAGAUGACAUCAUUCUCAGUGUAUUUUGUAGGAAAUGCUAUUGAUGUUGUAUUGAUUUGUGAUAAGAAUUCUGGUCCAGGAACUGCCAUUUGGCUGUCCAUAUGUGCUACCAUAUCCGAUGUACAUUGAAAAUAAGUUCUUGGUAUUGGUUUGUUAUCCUGUGUGCAAA